UCAAACAUAAAAGCACGUGCUUGUGAAAUCAAUUUCUCACUCCCUCACGCUCUGUCAACAGUAAUGGCUGCUGCUCUGCUUUCUCACCCCAGGCACUCUCUCUCCCUCGCAGCUCAUAAAAAGCUUCAAUUUUUCACUUCAACACCACCUUCAGGAGUGCGUUUGGUGGGCAAGAAGGGAAAUGGGUUUGGAAAAUUGUUGAUGGCAAGAGCAAAUUCUACAUCUGUUGUUUUGGAUGACAAUAAGAAGAAAAGUAACAAUCCCAUUAUUGUCAUUGAUAAUUAUGACAGUUUCACUUACAAUCUUUGCCAGUACAUGGGAGAGUUGGGGUGUCAUUUUGAGGUUUACCGGAAUGAUGAGUUGACUGUGGAUGAACUAAAGAAGAAAAAUCCAAGAGGAGUGCUUAUUUCCCCUGGACCAGGUGCACCCCAAGAUUCUGGAAUAUCAUUGCAGACUGUUUUGGAGCUAGGACCUACUGUGCCUUUAUUUGGUGUGUGUAUGGGUUUGCAAUGCAUUGGAGAGGCUUUUGGAGGGAAGGUUGUGCGAUCUCCUCUAGGUGUCAUGCAUGGAAAAAGUUCUCUUGUAUAUUAUGAUGAGAAGGGGGAGGAUGGCUUGUUCACUGGAUUAUCAAAUCCUUUCACAGCAGGUAGAUAUCACAGCCUUGUGAUUGAAACAGAAAGCUUUCCUAGUGUGCUUGAGGUUACGGCAUGGACGGAAGAUGGGCUAAUAAUGGCUGCUCGUCACAAAGAACAUAAGCAUCUUCUGGGAGUUCAGUUUCAUCCUGAAAGCAUUAUAACCGCAGAAGGCAAGACAAUUGUUCAAAAUUUCAUCAAACUGAUAGAGAAGAGGGAGGCAGCUGAAUCCCAGAACUAGAGACAUAAUGAGCAGCACUUAAUCUAUCAUGUAUCUUAAUAUGCUAUUAAAAAGUUGAAGUUAGUGUGCAUUUUCCCUCCGAAUUGUCUCUAAUUUAUUUAUAUAUAAAUAAACCUUUUCCUUUGAAAAUAUAUUUCAAAAGUUAAUGCUC